CCUCACGCGGCCUUUUUGGAUAAAACGAAUCAAAAGCCCAGAAGCUGAGGCAGAGAAAGUAAGGGCAAGAGGAGUAUGUGAGGAUGCACUGGAUAUAGCUACUUGACUCGGAUUAAGGUUAAGGAUGGCUGUCUUUCUUGCAAUGAAGAUAUGCUCCCCAAUGAUUCCUAAACCAAUUGAGAAAAACUCAUAUAUUCAUGAAUAUAAACUGAAAUCCAGGUGUCACAUUGUGCUACCUUCACAAGAAUCUCCAUCCAGUCGGCGCCAUGUUUUAGUAGGUAGUGGUGCUUCACUGGUGGCCAUUCUAACUUUCAAUGGUGGCUUUUUGCCAUUGCCAGUAUGGGCUGAAGAUGAGUCAAAUGGCCAAGAAGAUGAUGAAAAAGGUGUUGUUGGGGCCAUUAAAUCAUUGUUUGAUCCUAAUGAGAAAAUAAAAUCAGGAAAAGUGUUGCCAAAGGCUUACUUGAAUUCAGCAAGGGAGGUUGUGAAGACACUACGAGAGUCAUUAAAGGAAGACCCUAAGGAUAUUGCUAAAUUUAGACGAACUGCAGACGCAGCAAAGGAGUCAAUCCGAGAGUAUUUGAGCAGUUGGAGAGGGAAGCAGACAGUAGUCAGUGAGUAUAAAGGCUCUCUCCAGUUAUCAUCAACUGCUUAUCAUACAAGAACAGAACACUUUGCUGAAAGAUUAGGAAAUGAGGAAUCGUAUGCUAUGCUAGAGAAAGCAAUCAGGUCUUUAGCCAGCUUCUACUCAAAGGCAGGCCCAUCUGCUGCACUCCCAGAAGAGGUCAAGUCUGAAAUAUUGGAUGAUUUAAACACAGCUGAAGAAUUUUUGUAGCCUGAGUUUCUUGCCAUGAGAUGCAUAGUUGCAUUAAGUCCAGAACAACAGUCAAGGAUGGCAAAUCUAGCCUGCUAUACUUCGAUGUAUCUACUCUGUAUCAAAUAAAAAAUUUCCACUGCUUUGUUUUAAUGGAACUGUUUGUAUCAAUGAGGUCCACAUAUCUUUAUAUAUGUAUUCAAAAUCAUUGUGCAA